AUGAGUGUGCUCGGUAUGGAAAGUCGAGGCAGUGGUGAUCGUGAUUGUACACCUACUGAUCAAGUGAAAUAUUGUUGUAAAGGCGAUUUAUGUAAUGAAGCAACAACAAUUACAGUUAAAAAACUUUUACAUUUACUUGAAACAAGAUCUGUAUCUAAUUCAAAACAUUGUACUAUAUUUAUGAAUAAUUUAAUAACACAUGUUGCAGGAUAG